AUGCCGCGAGCGUCCAAGUACCAAGACACCAUUGAGGAAGAUAGGGAGUACGAUGACGACUAUCGCGCUGGGACGCCGGAGACAGUGGACGAGAACAUGGAUGCGCAACACAAGCAGACAACAAACAGGACCAUCAGAGACCUUUCUACGUUUGAGAUGACAGUCAAUCACUCCAAGAUCCUCAUCCUCAUCAGCAAGUACGCGCAGUGUGCGCUCACGGCCGAGGAUCAUGAGACGUGGUUCCGGCAGCUCCCGCUGCAAGUGAUGAUCUAUGAAGGGAUUUCAGCAGGCGUGCUCGACUACGAUUACUCCCCCACCUCCGUCUUCGUCAGCUUCGACGGCUCAAGUCGGAGGAUCUACAUGAACAUCUCGCAAGAGGGGAGCUUUCAUCCCAUCACCGCGUACCAGCUGUCACUGAAAGGUCUUCAGUUCCUUAAAACUCUCCCCAACUCGCUCUUUGAGGAGGUGAACGAAUUUGUUUAUGCGCCCAACGCCCCGCACUACGAGACGGAGCUGUUGGAGUGUUCCUUCAACGGCGAAGUCUUCGUGCUCAAGACAAGAAGCGGGUUUCAACGAGACUCUUCAAUCACAGUACUUGUCCUACGUCUCCAGCGCAUACAUCCCUCAGUGUCUGAGAACAAGGUGGGGAAGGCCAUGACCGACAACUCCCACCGGGCCAACGAGUGCGCCGCUGGUUAUGACAACAUCCGUGACGAGUUGACGGAAACCAUCCACCUCUCCUACGUCACGGUGAUUGUGGGCGAGUGGGUGCCGUACGGAGCCAACAACAUCGUCGCGCUGAAUGAGCGCCUGGGGAUUCUUGAGAGGUGCCAGGGGGGCCUGUACACGAGCUUUCAAGACAAGAAUCCGUCGGGGACCAACUUCAAAGUCCCACCGGGGCUGACGAGCGUUGAGAUUAUCGACUACAACAUGACGCGCUUCGCAAACUUCGAGAGCGAGAUCAGUUUUCCUGAGGACAGCGGCAUCUUGCAGAUCGAAAACUUUGGCAUUCACGUCAACGUCGACGGGACAGUCUGCUGCGGGGUGCGGAUAGAGGCUGUCAAGGACCGAAGGGCUGAUGACGUGUCACUCGACCUUCUGUCUCGCGUGCUUGUUGACAUCCAGAUGGACUCGUCGCGCAUCCUCCAUGACCUCUUGGCUGGGUACCAGCGAGGGCUGCUGGAUAUGCUUUUCAUGGGAGAUGCCGCAAACAGAAACAAAUACAGUUGCGUCCUCGCCGAGUCCAUCCAGCCUAAGAUGCCGGCCAAGGACUACAUCUCCCGGGGAGAGGCGAAGAAUGAGAUCAGGCAAAUCCUUGGUGAGAUCUACACAGCUGAAGACAUCGGCAACGAUGACGUCAUCAUCCUUGGGAGGGACGGGUUGAUUCUUGCCGGACCCAACUGCCUCCGGCUGGAGCCUCUAGUGAUUUACUACGUGUCGCUGCUCUGCCGCGAAACGUUCAUUAGGAACUUCUUCAUACGAACUUUCAUCCUCACUGAGCAGGGGCUGACGGGGAAGGAGUCGAAGGACGGAGAGCAACUGAGGCUGGACACGCAGUCGAAGGAGGGAGGAGUCAACCUAUCACAGGGGCACGAGGCAGCUCAUGUGAUCAAAGCGAGCGUCUACGACCUCGGCAAGCUGAUCGCAGGAGCUUCGAAUCAGCUUGAGAAUCUCCAGCAAGUCUCCGACGUGAUCAACACCAAACAGCUCGAAAGGCUCUACUUCGAGGUAGAGAACAACACUCAGAUGUUGGUCGACUCAGGUGCUGCCUUCGAGCGCUCUGGGGCUGCUCUCUCCGUCAUGAACGUCGUGCUUGCUGGUUCCUUUGCCUUCGCUCUCCUCGACAGGCUCUGCACCACCUGGGUCAACGCUUCUCCUCCUGUCUGGUUCACCAUCUACGUCAUCCAGCCAUUCGUCAACCCACCGGGCGUUUUCUUCUGCGCCAACCUUGUGUGGGUUUCAGUCUUCUGCUACGCUCUCAUCCGCUACAUGCGCUACAUCACGUUCAAGGCCUCUGGCGUGCUGAACCUCCGCGUGACCGUCAACAAGAAGAUCAAGUCAAUGGUGCAGCUGGAGCUGUACCUCAAGGGUAAGAAGUGGCUCGGGGCCCCUCCUCUCGUAGAGAUCACCAUCGACACGCUCUUCCACUUCGUCCUCGUCCUCGACUUCUCCGUCGAUAAGAAGCGGAGCAACGCGACGGAGGUUGCGUUCGGAGAGAACGGAGAUGACAUUGAGUUGCAGCAAGAGCAGGCAAGGGCAAGACAGCUACAACUGCAGAAGGACAGGUUCAAGAUCAUGCUGGGACUUGCUGGAUCCCAUCGGAGGAGGCAACGAAAACGAUGA